AUGCUUACAAGAAGGGGCUUACUUAGAAGGCCAGUAAUACCAGAGCUUAAGCAAGAUCACUGCACCAUUUGUUUAGACACUUUCAAUUCUGAGACCAUCCAUGGACUCCUCCCAUGCAACCAUAGCAAUUUUUGUCUCCAAUGUAUUUUAGGCUGAGCUGAAGUAGCUAACAAGUGUCCAAUCUGCGUGGCUAGGUUUUUCAGCGUCACUCCUUGCUUGCCAAAUGGCCAGCUGGUUCCGAACACAACGCCAUUCGAUGUUGAGCAUCGAGACCAAGAAGAAGACUUUGACUACUCAGACUCUGAGGAUGAAGAAGUCUGCAAAGUCUGUGAGAACUACGUCAGCAGUGAGCACCUCCUCAUCUGCCAAGAUUGCGGAGAUUCAUAUCAUCUAAAUUGUCUGUCCAUGUUAGAAGUCCCCAACGUAGAAACUUGGUACUGCGACGAGUGCUUACAAAGACUCCCGAAAAAGCUGCAAAAAGAGCAAUGAAAAGAAAUGAUUGCAGUGGGACGACCAAAAAAACAAAAACUCGAAAAGCGAAGAUCUGAAAGGAUCAGAAUGCUCAGAGAAAAGACAGCUAGUCGUAGCGUAGAUGAUUAA